UUGAAACUCUUAACUAUUUAUUUCCUGUUUUUCUCAGCACGCUCUGAAUUGUGAUGCUCUUAAUUUGGUGCAGUUUAUUAAUUACAAAAGAGUGUAGAGGCUAAGCAGUAAGCAGAGGAUUUGAACAAUGAGGUGCAUAAUUAAAAUGGAUUAAUGAGGUGGAUAAAAUAAAGGGAUUGAGGCCAAAUGGAGCACAAAUUUUCUAAACAUUAUUGGCUCUGAAACUCUUAUCAUCCAAAGGCACAUUCCUCUUUCCAGCUAGAUGUCUGUUUUUUAUCCAGAAGUGUCAGUCAUCUUUCAUGCCAGGUUUAUUAAUAUGGUCCCAGGAGAGUUGAGCAUCAUCUAGUGUUUUCUCCUGUAGCCCUAAGUUCCCCAGCUGGUUUGCUUCCAACUCAUUGCUGCACCUGUUUGCACUAAUAUGUUAAAAACCACCCCAAAAGCAGGUCAGAGAUUAUACUAAUCCCGUGUCUCUGCAAGGCAGUAAAAUGGUUUUCAAGUAAACAGGGAGAAAGAUGGGGGAAGAGAAGGGCUUGCCUUGGAUUCUGAAGCAGUAAAUCCUGCUUAAUCCAUCCACAAUGCUCCUUGACCAGCGCCAUCCCUUCAUGUGGAAGGACUCCUCUAUGGGAACGUUUGGGGCUCAAAAUAUCCUAAAAAGACUGGUGGAGUUGUGCCUGUCAAUGAUUGGGUUUUAUUUCCCCCUCCUUCCUUCCAAGCCUCAGUGAUUCCUCCUCAAAUUUAUCCAAGAGAGCCCUGCAGGCUCCUCCAGGGUGGAGCUGCGACCCACAGCGUGCCAGCCGUGGGAGCAGCACGCGCUUCCCGCUGCAGCUCCCGGUGCCUUGGAUCACCGGCACAUUCCCCCUUGUGUCGCGGAGGGCGGCAGGACGCUCCAGCAGCCGGAGAAACGCCUGGCCUUUCUCCCUGCCUCGCCUUUGCCGCAGCAGCACCGCCUGGCCCGCUGCGGACUGAACUGCGGAGCAAAGCGGCUCACACCUAAGGAAUGAUGGACGUCGUUAUUUUUUACUUUGCCAUUUUUUGCGUGACUUCGGGCGGAGUCACGUUACGUGGCACGGGCCGCCCCGGCGGGCGCUGGGCACGGGCCGCGCCUGCCCCCUGGCGGCGCCUGCGCGUCCCGCCGGGCCCGUGCCCCGCACAGCUGCGCGGGUCGGAAGCGCGGGGCGCUCUUCCUGCUGCCCGCCCCGCUCUCCCUGCACAUUGACCCGCGUCCUCCGCCGUCAGGGAGACUUCCCCGCCGUUCUCCAGCCUGCCGUGAGCCUCGCUGCCGCGCCGCUGUGCCGUGUCCGCCCUGACCAGCCUGCUCGGUGCUGGUGACACGCGGUGACAGCUGCCAUGGACGUGCUCGCAGCUGAGCCGUCACCCUGACACAGCCGCGGGCAGAGCAGCAGCCCUCACCAGACCAUGUCCCUGCGCGCUUGGACGCACAUCUGCAGCCGGUGAGGUUUCCUGAGAGUUUUGCCCUCCUCUAUAAACUUCCGGCCCUGCAGUUGCCUCUGCCCUCUUCAAGCUCUCCUUUUGCCAUUUUCCCCUCCCUUCUGGAACGUUCAUUCUCCGCUGCCCCAGGUGGUUGUUAGCACAGGCCCUGCUCCCUCCUGCCGCUCACAGGGCAGUGGGUGUCGGCAGGUGGUGGAUUAAAGCGCUCAUUAAUUUCUGUGUAUCUUCUUGUCUUUUCCUUAAGUAGUAUCUCAGCCCCUGCAUAUUCCACUCUGAAAAUCCAUGAAAACAGGGGGAUUCGAGAUUCAUGAUAAAUGCGACGGCUGGUUAUAAUCCCCAGUUAAACAGCCUUCAAUACAGUUGCAAUUGUAGUGCGAUAUCAAGCCCAAUAACGAAGGAUAUGCUGUGUUAGCCCUUUCACUGCUCAAGGGCUUUUCUCCCGGAGAUGCCGCAUCUCGGGCUCUUCCAGGCGGUACCCGCUCCAUUUCCCGUCGCUGCCUGCGGUCGGGGCGGCCCUGCCGCGCGCUGGGGGGGAACCAUCGGCGGCUCGGCCAUCGGCUUCGCGCCCUCCGCUCGCGGGCUCGGUGGGAUCGGCGCUCGCUCGGCCGCCGCCAGGGCUGAGCGAGGGGAGAGGCAAGAUGGCGGACAAGGCGCCCGGCGGCUCGCAGAAACCCGCCGGGAAGGUCAGAGGGCCAGAUGCAGUACAUACCACUGGAUCUGCUGAUUCACAUCCUCUAAUGGAAAGUAAACUUAAAGCAUUCAGUAUUGGCAAAAUGAGCGCUGCCAAACGGACACUGAGUAAGAAGGAGCAAGAAGAAUUGAAAAAGAAGGAGGAUGAGAAGGCUGCUGCAGAAAUUUAUGAAGAAUUCCUUGCUGCCUUUGAAGGAGGUGAUGGUAAUAAAGUGAAAACAUUUGUAAGAGGAGGAAUCGUUAAUGCAUCCAAAGAGGAGCAUGAAACAGAUGAAAAACGUGGUAAAAUCUAUAAACCGUCGUCACGAUUCUCAGAUCAAAAAAAUCAACCAAGUCAGCCAUCUAAUGAGAAACCUCCGUCCCUCCUCAUGAUAGAAACCAAAAAGCCUCCUUUGAAGAAAGGAGAGAAGGAAAAGAAAAAGAGUAAUUUGGAACUUUUUAAAGAAGAAUUAAAGCAAAUCCAAGAGGAGCGUGAUGAAAGGCACAAAACAAAAGGUAGAUUGAGUCGUUUUGAACCACCCCAGUCUGAUUCAGAUGGGCAGCGGCGUUCAAUGGAUGCUCCUUCAAGAAGAAACAGAUCAUCUGGUGUACUGGAUGAUUAUGCACCAGGGUCACAUGAUGUUGGAGAUCCAAGCACAACAAAUUUGUAUCUGGGAAACAUCAAUCCUCAGAUGAAUGAAGAGAUGUUAUGUCAAGAAUUUGGCCGCUUUGGACCAUUAGCGAGUGUUAAAAUUAUGUGGCCAAGAACUGAUGAAGAAAGAGCAAGAGAAAGAAAUUGUGGCUUUGUUGCCUUUAUGAACAGGAGAGAUGCUGAAAGAGCAUUGAAGAAUUUAAAUGGCAAGAUGAUUAUGUCGUUUGAAAUGAAGCUGGGCUGGGGCAAAGCUGUACCUAUACCACCACAUCCAAUCUACAUUCCACCCUCCAUGAUGGAGCACACCCUGCCGCCGCCCCCGUCAGGACUGCCUUUCAAUGCCCAGCCUAGGGAGAGGUUGAAGAAUCCUAAUGCUCCAAUGUUACCACCACCAAAAAACAAGGAAGAUUUUGAGAAGACUCUGUCGCAAGCCAUAGUCAAAGUGGUUAUCCCAACAGAAAGGAAUUUGCUCGCUUUGAUACAUCGAAUGAUAGAGUUUGUGGUUCGGGAAGGGCCCAUGUUCGAAGCCAUGAUCAUGAACCGAGAAAUCAACAACCCAAUGUUCAGGUUUUUAUUUGAAAAUCAGACUCCAGCCCAUGUGUAUUAUAGAUGGAAGCUUUAUUCAAUUCUUCAGGGGGAUGCUCCAACCAAGUGGAGGACAGAAGAUUUCCGUAUGUUCAAAAAUGGAUCCUUCUGGAGGCCACCACCAUUGAAUCCAUACCUGCAUGGGAUGUCAGAAGAGCAAGAAACGGAAGCGUUUGUGGAGGAACCGAACAAGAAGGGUGCACUUAAGGAAGAACAGAGGGACAAACUAGAGGAAAUUCUGCGUGGCUUAACACCUCGGAAGAACGACAUUGGUGAUGCAAUGGUUUUCUGUCUCAAUAAUGCGGAAGCUGCUGAAGAAAUUGUGGACUGCAUUACAGAGUCAUUGUCCAUCCUCAAGACUCCUCUUCCUAAGAAGAUCGCAAGAUUGUAUCUAGUGUCGGAUGUGUUAUACAACUCUUCAGCUAAAGUUGCCAAUGCUUCCUACUAUAGAAAAUUUUUUGAAACAAAAUUAUGUCAGAUAUUCUCUGAUCUCAAUGCUACUUACCGUACAAUACAAGGCCAUUUACAGUCUGAAAAUUUCAAGCAACGGGUGAUGACAUGCUUCCGAGCAUGGGAAGACUGGGCAAUCUAUCCAGAACCAUUUCUGAUCAAACUACAGAAUAUUUUCUUGGGACUUGUAAAUAUCAUGGAAGAUAAAGAAACAGAGGAAGUACCAGAUGAUCUUGAUGGUGCUCCCAUUGAGGAAGAGCUCGAUGGUGCUCCACUAGAAGAUGUGGAUGGAAUUCCUAUUGAUGCUGCUCCUAUUGAUGAUCUGGAUGGAGUCCCAAUUAAAUCGCUGGAUGAUGAUCUUGACGGAGUUCCUUUGGAUACAACUGAAGACUCAAAGAAGAAUGAGCCUAUAUUUAAAGUUGCCCCUUCAAAGUGGGAAGCAGUGGAUGAAUCGGAACUGGAAGCUCAAGCUGUUACUACUUCUAAGUGGGAGCUUUUUGACCAACAUGAAGAAUCUGAGGAGGAGGAAAUUCAAAAUCAAGAAGAAGAAAGUGAAGAUGAAGAAGACACCCAGAGUUCUAAGUCAGAAGAACAACACAUGUAUUCCAAUCCUAUUAAAGAGGAAAUGCCUGACUCCAAAUCAUCAGUCAAAUACUCAGAAAUGAGCGAAGAAAAGCGUGCCAAACUCCGAGAGAUAGAGCUUAAGGUGAUGAAGUUUCAGGAUGAGUUAGAGUCUGGGAAAAGACCCAAGAAGCCAGGCCAGAGUUUUCAGGAACAGGUUGAACACUAUAGAGACAAGCUGCUCCAGAGGGAAAAAGAAAAAGAGAUGGAAAGAGAACGGGACAGAGACAAAAAGGACAAGGAAAAGUCUGAGACCAGGUCCAAAGAUAAGAAGGAAAAAGAGGAAUGUACACCAACACGAAAAGAGAGGUCGCCAUCUGGCUCCAGGACACCCAAAAGAUCAAGAAGAUCACGAUCCAGAUCCCCUAAAAAGUCAGGGAAAAAAUCCAGGUCUCAGUCCCGUUCUCCUCACAGAUCUCACAAGAAGUCAAAGAAAAGCAAACACUGACAUUGUUAAUAUUUUUUAUGAUGCUGUCACUUACUGGAAAUGCGGUUUUGUUUUUGUGCCUGAACAGUCUGUUUAAAAACAAAAAAGCAUUCCUGAUUUUUUUUUUGUGAAUGCACGUGUAUACUCAUGAGUAUCUGCAUCUGUAGACCUGUCAUUGUUUUAUAUUGUACAAAAUAUCUUCAUUGUGACUAUUUCCCAAAAGAAACAUUUUUGUGUUUAGAAGUUUCAUCAGAAAUGUGUGUAACUGAUCUGCUGGCAGUAGUGAUAUUUUGUUUUUAGAAUGUUGUGACAUAGCAGAAAUAACCCAAAUGUUCCCCCUUUUUGUAGCUUUGACAAUUUGAAUUAGAUUUCAAAUAAAAUCUGAACAGAAAAUGAA